UUCUGAGUGAGCGAGGCAGGCUGCGCAAAAUACCAGGCAGCCUGCACACUCGGGCGCCGUGAAAAGACGCAAAAUCCCAGGCGCAUCGCUGCGUAGUGCUCCUUUGCACAUCUCAAAAAAAGGCGAGCGGCGCUGCUUCUGCUGCGCCGGCGACGCGCUGCCGACCUCUGCCGAGGGAGGCCAUAGGAAGCCAUACCCCAGCGUCGGGCUUGACGCCGGCGACCGGAAAAGCUGCGCGCGAAGCCAAGCAUUAAUUACGAGCGGCGCCGGCGGUCGGCAGCGAGCAGCGCACAUAGGCGCGGUACCCGGUUACCCGCGCGAGCUGAAAGGGCUCACACAAAACCGGGACAUACACCGAUGAUGCGCUUCUUCGCGGGGGGCUCCGGCUCGCCGAGGCGGAGUUCCGUCAGACGUAAGGACGACGGUUUACCGGAUGGCUCUUCAGAGCGACCGGCCAUCGGCGUCGAUCAAGUGUUAGCGUUCCUCGAGAGGAAGCGGGGCAGUGCGGGCACGUCGCGAGGCGACCCGGGCCAGAUCCCGAGUCAUGUGGUGGACGCCUUGGGCCCGGGCUGGGUCAUGCGGGGCGGCCUCGGGGCUGGUGCGUACGCGAAGGUGUUCGAGGCGAGCUGGGUCGGCACCUCCAAUAGCAAGGGAGGCACGGUGCCCUGCGCCAUCAAGGUCAUGCGUGAUGUGGAUAUGGAGUCGUGGGAGAUCUCCCGGAGGUUUGUUCGCGAAUUGUUAGUAUUGAGAAGGUUGCGGGAAGCUCCCGGAGUCGUGAGUUUAUAUGGCUGCUCGACGCCAUCAGAUAGGUCAUCGAGACACAGACGAGAUUUAUACCUCUGGUUCGAGGCCUGUGUAGUUGAUUUCAGACAGCUCACGAAGAUGGAGUGUUAUAUGACCCUGCCUGAUGCGAGACGCUUAACAAGAGAACUUAUUACCGCGAUGAGACAUAUCCACUCGAAGGACGUCAUUCAUAGAGAUAUAAAACCGGCGAAUCUAUUAUUGCACGGGUCCGGAGCAUUAAAAGUUUGCGACUUCGGCCUGGCGCGCAUCGCGCCGCGCGAACGGUCUCCCAUGCCGCACCCGGAGAAGACCACACCCCCGAAGUCAAAACGCGUGCUGCCGGCGGCCGACGACGUCGAGGCGCUGACGGGCGACUUCGACAAAUUGGACGUGGAGACGGGCCAGGCCGGUUCGAGUCCUGUGGUGGCGACGCAGGACAUCGACGUCGGCGACGGCGAGUCCGACGAGGAGACGACGGGCGCGCAGACCCCGACCGUCGGCCAGCGGCCGGAGAUGCGGCGGACCUACACGGAGCACGUCGUUACGAGGUGGUACCGGUCCCCGGAGUUGGUGCUGUUGCAGCCGUAUGGGUUCGCGGUCGACGUCUGGGCUUGUGCUUGUGUCAUUGCGGAGUGUUUCCUGGGCACUUGUAAAGAAGUUGUGGAGCAUAGGGAAGGCAGAAGGCCGCUGUUUCCCGGUAGAAGCUGCUUCCCGCUCUCGCCGGCGGCCGGGGGGCGCGGCGGCUGGCACCAGAAGAAUGAUCAGCUCCAAGCCAUCUUUCGGGUGCGGGGCACGCCGACGCCCGCGGAAAUUGAUAGUUUGGAGCACGACUACAAGGGCAUGAAAGCUUACCUCCGAAGGUUGCAGCCGCGGCAGGCGUCGGACUUGCAUCGCGUGCUGCGGGGCGUUCCAUCAGACUGUGUUGAUUUAUUAGACAAGAUGCUUACGUUCCUACCAGAAGAUAGACUAUCAUUGGACGAAGCCUUACAACACCCCUACCUCCAGGGGCUCCCCGAAGGAAAACUGGAAAGGGACGGCUCGUCCGGCUUCCUCGAGCCCUCGGAGACGGCGGUCGGCCCGGCCAUGUCGCGCAUUGAAGAUGAUGAUGCGUGGGAGCGCGUCGCGCAGCACCGCGCGGAUCGGGAUAUGUCGAACGUCUUGUGGCGGCUCGUCGAGCGCUUUCCUUCCGAAUUGGCGCCGCGCGGCGGGCUCCUGGGCCACGAGGAGCUCGCCCAAGUGCCGGCCGCUGCUGUGCAACCGCGGCGCCAGAAGAGCGCCGCGUCCAAAGCCUUCUCGUCGCUGCGGCGGCUGCUGCCGUCGGGGUCCGGCUAGGCUCUGCUCCGAUGAUGAUCCGUUCGUGCGGUGCGACACUAUCUCUGUGUAAUUUCGCGGUGUAUCUAA